CCCGCUUGAACCGUAGCGGGGCGCGGCUGAGUGCCAGGGGGCGGGCGCCAACGGUCAUCGCCGCCGGGCGGGAGAAAGCGCGGCAGCGGGUUGUUGAGGGUUCAGUUCAGCUGAGACCCAGGACCUGGCGGCUACUGAGCGCGCCUGAUUUCUGCGCUCGCCUGCAGCCGCCCAGCGAAAGCAUCCGAGAAGCCGGGCAGCGAUCCGGAGCUCCCGGGUGGUUCGGGUGGCGUCCCCCGAGGCCGUCGUCGGUCAUGAUCGACUCGGUGAAGCUGCGCCGCGACGCGGCGGCCGACUUCUUCUCGCGCUACGAGUACCUGUGCGCGCUGCAGGGCUCGGUGCCGCUGCCCGCCGUGCGCGCCUGCCUGCGGGAGGGCGUGCUGGACGUGAACGCCGACCGCCUCCGCCUGGCGGACUGGGCGCCGCUGCUGAGCACGCUCAGGACCAACAAAGAUCUGCCCCUGGUCUCCAUCAAGAGCUGCUUCCAGCCGUGGCUCGGAGAAUCCGGUUCUGACAGAGGUAAAGUUUGCGGAAGUCGUGUUCCUGCGAUAAGAAGCAAAGAUGUUACCUUCCAGUUAUGUAAAGCUCUUAAAUGUUGUUUAAGUGCAUCAAGUGCUCUUAAGAACCUGGAGCUAAAUGGACUUGUUCUGCGAGAGAGAGAUUUAGCCAUUUUAACCAAGGGAUUGAAUAAAUCAGCCUCUCUGGUGCACCUUUCUCUUGCAAAUUGUCCAAUUGGAGAUGGAGGUUUAGAAAUUAUUUGUCAAGGUAUAAAGAACUCUGUCACUCUUAAGACAGUAAACUUCUCUGGGUGUAAUCUGACAUGGCAGGGAGCAGAUCACAUGGCCAAGAUCUUAAAGUACCAGACCAUGAGAAGACAUGAGGAAACCUGGGCUGAAAGUCUUCGUUAUAGGAGACCUGAUCUUGACCGUAUGGCUGGCUUGAGGCGCAUCACUUUGAAUUGCAACACACUCAUUGGUGACCUUGGCGCAAGUGCUUUUGCAGAAUCUGUCAGUGAAGACUUAUGGCUUAGAGCACUUGACCUACAGCAGUGUGGCCUCACCAAUGAAGGAGCAAAAGCUUUACUGAAGGCUCUUGAAUCCAACAGAACUCUGGUUGUUUUGGAUAUAAGAAAAAAUCUUCUCAUUGAUCACUCAGUGAUGAAAGCAGUUACCAAAAAAGUUCUCCAGAAUGGAAGAAGUGCAAAAUCAGAGUACCAGUGGAUAACUUCCCCAUCAGUGAAGGAAUCAGUCAAAACUCCGAGACAGAAAAAAAGAACUAUAAUUCUGGGAACUGGUCGAAAAGGAAAAGCUACUAUUCGAAUAGGACGGGCUACAAAGAAACCUGUGAGUAAUGGAAGAAAGCACUCCCUUGCUAAAGAAUCUUAUGAUCCUGAACCCCUGCCACCUGGUGUGUCUGGUUUCUUGCCAUGGCGCACUGCAGAACGUGCAAAAAGGAGCAGGGGUUUUCCAUUAAUCAAAACUCAUGAUUUGUGUACUCAGCUGCAGCAGUCAGAUUUUCCUGUUACUGUGACAGUGGAGAGUCCUUCCUCCUCAGAAGCUGAAGAGGUUGAUGAUUCUUCAGAAAGUGGCCAAGAAGAGCCUGAGAGAACCAACUUAAAACAAAAAGCAUUACAGGAAAAGAUGGAGGAGUGCCUAAAACAGUUAAAGGAGGAAAGAGUAAUAAGACUUAAGGCUGAUCAAAGAGUCAGUGAGCUGGAACAUGAAAAUGCUAAAUUAAGAAAUAUAAAUUUCUCUUUAUCUGAAGCCCUUCAUGCACAGUCAUUGACAAGCAUGGUCCUGGAUGAUGAAGGUGUCUUGGGCAGCAUUGAGAGUUCUUUCCAGAAGUUUCAUGCCUUCUUGGAUCUCCUUAAAGAUGCUGGACUUGGGCAGCUUGCCACAAUGGCUGGUAUAGAUCAGUCAGAUUUUCACUUACUAGGUCAUCCUCAGAUGAAUUCUACUAUUAGUGGUACAACUAAAGAAGAAAAAAAGGCAAUUGAAGAAGAAAAGCCAGAAUCAAAGCAAAAUGCAGUGGGACAAGUGCAAAAUAUCCAGGUUUCUAUUUGUAUGCAGUCAGCUUACAAUGAAGGAACACUAAUGAAGUUUCAGAAAAUUACAGGUGAUGCUAGAAUUCCUUUGCCUCUUGACUCCUUUCCUGUUCCAGUUUCUACUCAGGAUACCACCUUAGAAACUACUAACGACAACUUGGGAUUUCCAGUCAAUGAGCAACGUCGGGAGUCUUUCCAAGAAUCCAUUUCUAGACCAUGUUCUUUGGGAGAUGCUAUUUUUGGAACCAAAAGUCAAAGAAAAGAGGAGUUAUCAUCUAGAAACAGCAGACCUUCAUCAGAAAAAAUGGUCAAAACAGGUGAAUAUAUAAAAAAGCACUCAGCUAAGAAACAACUUGGGAAGGACCCAAAUUCCUGCUCUGACUCACCUAUAAACUGGAAAAGCAAAGGAAGUGAGCAAAAUAGCUCUUUGGUUAAUGAAUCAAUUAAAACUGACCCUUUGAAAAAACACAUUUCUGUCAAGAAAGAAAGUAAAAUAGUGACUGUUUCAUCCAAGAAAACUAAAAGUAAACUCAAUCUACUAGAACAUUCUGAAAGUGAUACUCUUGGAUCAGAAUUUGAAUUUCAGGAAAGCAUCCACACUCUUUCAGGAUUAACAUAGCUUAAAUCUUUUGAAAUUAUGUUUUUAUCUUCAAAUUUUAAUAAAUAUCUUAUGUUUUCAUUA